AUAUAAAGUUGGCCAAAAUAUCACAUCUGUUUUUGCUGUUAGUGUCAAACGGGCGCUCAAAGAAAAAGCAUCAAAGCCUCGGAAGGCAAUGAAAGUGUGGAUACUUGGAAGUCCCCGAAUAUUUUUACGUGAUUUUCAGUCAGGAUGUGCAGUUCCAAAACAAACAAAAACAAAAACAAAUACAUAGAAAAAAGAAACAAAUAGCGAACCAAAAAGCUGGCCGGAAAACGGCGAGAGACUAUGCCAACGCCUGGUUGAGGGCCUAAACGCGGGUCGCGCUUUUUUAGUGUAAAUAAACAGAAAGAAUUAAAAUAAAAACAGACCGACCAAUUUGGGCGAGUUCUAUUUGCGGUUUCAGUGAAAAGACAUUCGACGGCCAUACAAUUCGAUUCAAUUUAAUUAAAAGCCAAAACAGUGCGAGAGGAAAGCGCCAGGGUCUGACUGAUGGACCCGUAACGCAUACGCCAUGUGAGCCCGAGCCGGAUCGAUGGGAUCGCUUUCCCAACCACUUGUAUAUAGCACUAGGCAGCCUUUUCUAUCGUGUUGUUGUGUCCGCCGCGUCCACCGCCAAUGUACAUACUGUAUAUGUGUUUUUGACUCUUUAAUUGAUUAAACCGCAAAUACCAGAAAUAGAGAAUAAACCACAAAACUAAAUAAAUAACGAGUAAAAUAAAUAAAUAUAUGUAGCGGAGCCAGAUCUCCACAUACGCAAACACACAAGUUUCGGUGCAAAACGGGUAUAAAUAGUCGAAAUAAUAUUUGAUAGCUAUGCUAAAUAUGCUAUUAAGGAAUUAGCUAAAUUAUUAGAUUUAAAGAGCACUGGAAUCUCGCGCGUAAUCAGAUUAAUUAUAAACAAAUCGGGAAUCGAGGGCAGCAUGGGACCAAUCAGACUCAUCUAGAAGCUAGCCAACGGAAGAGAAUCUAAAAUCACAAUGGACUACAGCCGGCUGAAUGCCAACAUCAAUACGGGCAACAUCAGCACCGAUGACUUCUUGGCCGUGUUCACGACCAGCAAGCCGGAGAACGCCACCCUCAAUCCGCCCCUCCUCGCCGUCGACGGACAGCUGACCCUGCCCACGCCGGGAGUGGGCCUGGGCCUGGGUCUGGGAUACAUCAAUGUGAACGACACCAUCUACCUGCUCAAUGGCAGCUACUACAACAGCAGCCUGCAGCCGGGCGGGGGAUACUACAACCAAAGUAGCACAUCCGGUAACUACACCAAUCCCAAUCUCACGGAGAUCCACUGGGACGGCCGAUACCCCAGUGGCUACACGCUCACCCACAUAGUGAUUGCCUCGAUUAUCGUCACCAUCCUGAUGAUCAUUAUUGUGGUCGGCAAUAUGCUAGUAAUAAUCGCCAUCGCCACGGAGAAGUCCCUCAAGAAUAUUCAGAACUGGUUCAUAGCCUCGCUGGCGGUGGCGGAUUUCUUUCUCGGCCUCAUCAUAAUGCCCUUCUCGCUGGCCAACGAGCUGAUGGGCUACUGGAUUUUCGGCAGCUGGUGGUGCGACAUCCACUCGGCCAUGGAUGUCCUGCUCUGCACCGCCUCGAUCAUGAACUUGUGCCUCAUCUCGCUGGACCGGUACUGGAGCAUCACCAAGGCAGUGGACUAUCUCAAGUCCCGGACGCCGGCACGGGCCGCUGUCAUGAUCACGGCGGUCUGGAUAAUGUCCGCCCUUAUCUGCAUUCCCCCGCUCCUCGGCUGGAAGGUGAAGAUGCCGGAGGGACAGCUGCCCAAGUGCGAGCUAAGCGAGGACAUCGGCUACGUGCUCUACUCGGCGUUGGGAUCCUUUUACAUACCCAGCUGCAUAAUGGUCUUUGUGUAUAUACGAAUUUAUUUUGCAGCCAAGGCGCGGGCGAGACGAGGCAUUAAAAAGCAUCCCCGCAAAACAAACAACGAACAGGUAACGAGCUUCACCACCGCCAACAAGAAAGGCACCAUACCCAUGCCCUCCUCCAGCGGGGCAGCGGCCUUGCAACUGCACCAGCAGCGCCAGAUAGCCACCAUCGAGACGCCACCGAACAGUGCCACCUUGCCAAUGCAAAUUCCCACGGUGACCAUGGACCUGGCCUCGGACAUAUCCACCUCGGAGGCGGGCGAACUGGAAGCGGUGGCCGCCCAAACGGUUCUGGCCUAUGCCAAUCCCAACGGAUCUGGGGCUAAUGCGGUCACCGUUGUGACAACAAGUGCAGCCGGUGCACCCUGCUCACCCACCUCGCCCAAGGAGACGCUGCAGGUGAGCACGAUAGCCACUGGCCGGGUGGGUCUCAAUGUUCCCGUGCCACCGUCCAUGGGCAGCACAAAUUCCAUUAAUGUGCUCAACAACAACAACGGCAGUGUGGCCACCGAGGCGCCACCAGUCGUGGCCAAUUCGACACUUAAUAUUGGCGGUAAUGGUGCCACCGUUGGUGCUGGUGGAGGUGUUGCAACUGCCACUGCUCCGGGCAAUGAGUUGCGCGUUUCGCCCAUUGCCGGCCGAUGUCGAGCUCUUUCCGUGGGCGUGGACACGGACAUGGUGAGUGAAUUCGAUCCAUCCAGCAGCGACUCUGGAGUCGUCAGCCGCUGUGCCGUCGUAAAGCCGCUCAAGUUUCGCCUUUGCCAGCCGAUCUUUGGCCGGAAAUCGAAUCAGCAGCGCCGUAACGAGGCCAAGGCGGUGGCGGCCAAAAACCAACAGCAGCAGCAGGGCAAGAACCAGGAUCACCAGAAGCAACAGCAGCAGCAGCAACAGCAGCAGGUGAUUAAGGCGGAGCUGGAACCGGCUAUACCGAAGACCCCGAAGCCUCGGGAUCCGGAGAAGGAGAAGCGUCGGAUUGCGAGGAAAAAGGAGAAGAGGGCCACGCUGAUUUUGGGCCUCAUUAUGGGCAGCUUCAUAGCCUGUUGGCUGCCAUUUUUCUUCCUGUACAUCCUGGUGCCGGCCUGUAGCAGUCAUUGCAACAUACCGGAGUCGGCAUUUGCGAUCGCCUUCUGGCUGGGCUACAUGAACUCGGCCCUCAAUCCGGCCAUCUACACCAUCUUCAACAAGGACUUCCGGCGGGCGUUCAGGCGCAUCCUGUUCAAGUGAUGUUUGGCCUAUGUGUGCUGUUACAGGUGCGUUUCGAGGAGCAUCGAGAAGGCAACCGAACGUGCCAUGGGCAGCACACCCAUGGGUUAUGGUCAUGGCAUGUAUCAGCACUACAGGCGUUAGACUUGCUUCGUUUUGGUAAUCUCAUCGUCCAUUCGUCCUGGCAUCCUUUCCACUCCCCUCCUUUCGUCCCACUUACCUAUUUUUAUUGAACUGGGGGAUAAGUAAAACAAAACAAAAAACUAAAAGAAGAAGUAACGAACAUUGUAGCUCAUUUCAAAAGCAAUGAACGGCUGUGAAUUUGAUGGAAUCUCUCAAUUUCAAUUUACGCAUUUUUGGUUUCGUUUGGUUUCUCUAGUACCCUUGAACCCAAAGACCCCCUCCAACCGCACACUUUUCACACUCGACGAGCUCAUAGAAAUGCAUGAGCUGUGCAAACAAGGAUUCGAGCUCGGCAAACAUCUAUUAUGCUCCCCCUGAAUGGGAUGUGUCCGCCUGCGACGUCUAUGGCCAUUCAACUUGAAAUAAUUUCGCAAAUUUCCAUUUGCGGCUGCAUGGCCAAUGCCACCCCUUACCUUUUUCGGGCCAAGUGCAGUCGGCAAUCGGCAGUCGAAUGUGCUGGGAAGGGGCAGGAAACCCUUUAGUCGAUCCGCAGCCCCAACCGAUAUCGAGGUCAACAAAUGCUACAGUCAGACAGCAAAUUAAUUUGAUUUCUUUUUAAUAUUUCGGCAAAUACUUCUCCGCAGAAGACUACAUUCCACAGCUGGCAUUCGGCCAGAUCAUUAAUUUCAUGUUCACAUAAAUGUAAAGUAUAAUCCAGUCAGGCGGCCGCUACACAAAAUUCGAUGUAACAAAGUGAACACACAGAAAUAUGGCAAAAAAUACAAAAGUUUGGGGGAAAAGAGGAAAAAGUGCGACACAAGGCAGCCGCAGUUUUAUUCAUUCACUCAAAGAUAUUUCACUCAGCGACACAGAAAGUGGGAGUACAAAAAAUAAACCAAAUAUAUGGGUGGGAACCAAUGCCUAAUGGGCACACACAGAUGCAAAUGCAAAUAGUUGGGAGCUACACUGAAAAAAACAUUGGAUGGGACAUUGGUCCCAUGCUCAGGUUUAAGUUUUCUUACCUUUUUUGGUUUUCAAAUGAAAAUAGGUUCUUUAAAGGUAUCAAUGACAUUAUCAUUGCAUCUUUAUAAUCAGGUCUUAUACUCAUUUUUAUAUUCCAUAAUUCUAAACAUUUCAUGUUUGAAAUUAUCUUAAAUAUUAUGAUAAUACUAUGUAAAAGUAAUGUUUUUAAUGGAAAUAGUUUAUUUUUUUAGAACAAUUCUUGAUUAUAAAUUAUUUUAUAUUUUAUUUUUUGAUAAACUGUUUUUUUUUUUUUUAAUGUUGCACAUUCCUUUUUACCAUUUUUAGAAUUUUCUCCGCCAUUUCCCACUUUAGUUUUUGGCCAUGCAUCAGCAAAUGCAUGUGCCCGGCCGAGUGGAAUAGACAGCCCGUCAUCCAGUCAGUCGAACGGACAGACGGACUGACGGACAGACAGUCGUCACUGGAACGCUACAAUGACACUGAGUGAGACGAAGGCGGAGACAGAGACAGAUAGGCAGGGCCAGAAAGAGACAGAGGGAGCUGCCUCUGUUUUUGGCAUGUGGCCCAGAAUGGCUCUCCAUUUCGCUUGGCUGGUGCAGCUUGGCUUGUUUUGCCAGCCAAAGCCAAAAAAUGGAAAGCAAAAUAUAUACGAGUGUAUUUGGUAUAGGAGGCAAAGGACCAAAGUAGACGGGAGGGACUUUGACGGGUCUAUGCAUAAAUUUUACGUUCAAUUUAUUUUACUUCCCUGUGUGAUGGCUUUCCAUCUGAGAUACACUCGGGUAUUUUUUCAAACACUUUGUGGCUGACAAGGUGCAGCUAAAUCUAAACUUUAUCGAUCGUAAUCUAGUCAAAGCAAUUUGUAGCAACUAAAAUAUAAUCACCUUGUUCUGUGACAUCAAAUUUAUGACGCUUUUAGCCAAGCCACGCCACGUCCCUUUCGCCACAUCCGAAGAUGGAUCUGAUUUAUGGGCCCCGGUCCAUAGGCUAAGUGCUGCUGUUGGCCACCAGAAAACCUCUUAAAAUUGUUUAAGAACGCAUAAAUAAUAGUGUGUGUGGAAGAUGGAAAAUGGAAAUCGGGGCAAGAGCUAUGAGGGUGUUGAAAGACAAACAUCGAAAGCAAUUGCUGGCUGAAUUUUUUAUAGAUCACGCCGCUGCAUCCGGACGUAUUUACAUUUCGGCAUUGUCAGCAAUGUGUGUACAACAACUGCACUCAAAUGACAAUUUGAACAGCGACAGAAAGUCCGACAAUAAAAGCAACAAACUAAAUGGCAGGACAAAAAAUGCCAGGACAAAAAAGGACUCUCGUUGCUGAUGUUGUUGUUGGGAACAAAGCGAAAUCGAAAACAAUUGAAAUCGACAGGAGGGCUCUGGGUGGUGGUGGUGCUGCUGAUAGCGGUGCAACAGCAGCAGGUGGUGCAGCAGGCACAUUAAAAUUCGCGACACACACACCUACUACUACGCAGCCCAACACCCACCAAACACACACAGCACUUAACUGCACUUAGGUGCGACAGCCAGAUGAGUGUCGAACGGCAUUGUUUUGCCAAGCACACUGAAAGUCAUUUUCACUUAGUGCGUGGAAAAGCCAGCUCUGCAUUUUAGACCUGCAAACCAACCCGGCGUAUACGCAAUGCUAUCCUUUGUCUACUGCCGGCUGCUGGCGGUUGGGUGUCGCUUUUUUUCCGUUUCUUUGUAUAUUUCGCAAUUAAUGUCACAAUUAGCAAUCACCAUAAAUUAAAUGUGUAAAAUUUAUCACUUUUAAAAGCAAACAAAAAGUGGCAAACAUUUUGCAUAAUUCAAAGCCAUUUAAAUUAAUUCCCUUAAUUGAAUUAUGAGAUUUUUGAUGCAAAUUUUCGCUUAAAUUUUUAGUUUGUUUGUCCUAAUUGGUGCGACGAGUCAACAAAGAAGUCUACCGAUUUUCGGGUAAAUAACAUAAUAAACCGUAAAAUAUUUAUAAUAAUUACAUAAAUUCAUUUAGAUUACAGGAUUCUUAUUGUUGCAAUGUUUUGUUUUCCGUAUCUCCGUUCUCCGUUUUUAAAUCCGUAUCGAAAUAUUGUAGUUGCAACGAGAGCUGGCGAAAUUGAAUUAUUUAUCGCGCCAAAUGCCUAAAUUAGAAUUUGCAUUUCUGUCAUCAUCUAUUUUAGCGCCAUAAGCCAAUUUAAUGCCUGAUUAACUUGGCAAAUUACAGAGCUGAAGGAUCACUAGGCCGGGCCCGCAGUGGUAGGGAAUGCUUCGGUUUAAUUGAAAUUCGGUUUGCGGUUGCGGGUUAUUCAAAGCAUUUUUUGGCUGAAAAGUUGAUAAAUAUUUGAGCGAAUUUCUUAUGACCAGGCGGGCUGGCAAAUGUUUAUUAAUGCGUAAAUAUUACCGUCAUAAUAAUGACCAAUUCUUUGAAAAUGGCAAGUAAAUUACGCUUUAAAUCGCAUAAAAGUGCAAUUAAUCCAUUCUGUUUCAUUUAUACGACCCACCCACAUGGGGAACACGUGAAAAAUGCAUUGUUGCCGAAAUCGCAACGUCUGUACACAAUUCAGUUAUUGAUUCAGAGAGGGGGGUGUGGCGCCGCACAUUUUUGAGGCCCUGUGAUAUAUGUAUUUGUUGUUCGCUGGAAGUCUCUUGGAGCAAUUAUCGGGACCAGGUCGGACGGCAGACGCAUGAAUCAAAUGAAAAAUGCCUGCUGGCUCGUUGGCCUGCAUAUUAAUUAAUAAAGUAAAAAAGCCAUAAAUGUAAAACUCAUAACGACAAAUGUUGGACCAUAAAUAUGCACUUAGGUAUUUAUGCGCAUUGACAGCAUGAAUAUUUAUGAGGCAAUGACGACACAACGAUGGCGGCCAUUAAACUGUGCCUGCCCCACUUCCCAACGCCCCCUAGCUCCCCUCCUGGCCCCGCCCCCCGUUGAUUAAUUGGAAAAGUUCUGGUGCUGCUGCUGGUUUGGUUCAACGGGUCGUAUGCUUGAUUUUGCGUUUCCUCAUAUUUUUGCAUGCCCCCGAAAAUUCCGGCCAAAACUAAGCAAAUCCAAUGCCUGUGUUCGGAUUGAAAAGUAAACCGAAGAACAAAGGAAUUUAUUGUUUUCCAUAAGAUAAGCCAUGCGACCAUGCGAUAUAAGUUCAUGUUUUGGGUCCGUCUUUCCCAAACUAAACCACAAAUAUUAAAAAUAAAAUUUAAAAUGACUGAAACGUUUAAAUGAAAUUAUUUCAUUAAAAAAACAAAAACCAAAAACCAAUUGCAAGUAACUUAGCGUAAUGUAUUUCAAUAUAAAAACUUAAACUUUCUGCUAAUUGUAAACUAGACACAAAUAUAUAAAUACAAAUAUAAAUAUAUUAAAAUUAAUGAUAAAUUAACAGAUAUAUAUUAAAGUUGAAUUUUGAAAUUAGAUAAACGCCAAACGGCGGAUAUUCGAAUAGUUCAUACAUAUAUAUUAACUAUAAAGAUAAUUAAAACGUUUACUCAUUCAAUAAGCAUAGCCAACAUUUGAACUCAAAACUCUCAUAUGUGUGUCUGUUCCACUAGUUGUGCGUAAAGGUAGAUUAAAUACGAGCGAAACCAAAAAUACCACCAAAUGUAUGAACAAGCCAUAGAGAUACUUCAUGGACGAUGGAGUACGAUGUAUGUAUAUCAGGCAGGUGUUUAAUGAAAAUCAAAUUUCUGGCAUUCAUAACAUAUGAAAUUAAUAACAAAAAUAACUACCUACCUAAAUUUUAAGCGGAAGUCUUCCACUACAAUUACGCUCUAUCCACUUGCAUUGUACUUGCGUUAUCCGACUUCGACUCCUGUUUCCGGGCAGACUUUGUAACUAAAUGUGUGUAUAUUAAGUAAGUGAAUGUAUUUCGAAAGGUUUCUUCCCAAAAACACAAAAAAAUCGGAAACACAAAUGGAAAACAUUAAACAGGCAUAAGCCAAUAAAGUGUAAAAACGAAUAGUAAACCUACUUAGAAAAAUGCUGCACAAACUCUGCAUGUUAGUUGCCCUAGACAUGUAAGUAUUUCAUAAUAAACUGUAGUUAACAAUGGGUAAAAUACACAACAAAUUUAAAUGAUAAAAUGAAUAUGAAUAGGUUAAUAAUGUUUAGAACUUGCCAUUGUCGUUGUUGCUUUUCUGUUUCCUUAGCCUGUUAUAGGAGAAUAUAGUCUCAUUGCAUUAUUUGUAAGUAUUUGUAGUAUCCACAUAGCUAACAACGAAGUAACAUGGUGCUAUGAGUUACGAAUCGCCUCGGUUCAUCAUCCCAUGCACCCCUCUCCCUCAGGGUGGUCAAAACGUUAAAAUCUGAGCCCCUUUUAACGUCUUGGUUGCAUGUAGAGCACCACCUCACCACAGAAACAAAACCCCACUAGAACCACACAUAGCAACAACCCCAAGAAGAGAACUCAAAAUCAAAAUUUAAAGUUAGUUACGCGUUUAAGAGGAGCAUUUCAAACUAACCUAGCCAAAUAAGCAUUUGUAAAUACCUAUUAACUACGCCAUGUUAUAGUCUCAUAACUCUUGAACAUAAAUAUGAAUAUGAAUACGAUUAGGGUUACGAAAUGAAUGUAAAUUGAGCAACACAAAUUGCAAAUUGAAGCCACCAAAGAAUUGAAUUUUCGCAUGUAAGUCGAAAAAGUAAACUAAAAAGUAUUUAAUUAUACCAAAGCUAAGACUAAGUGUAAACAAACCAACAUAAACAAAGCCCAAAAAACCAAAGAACAAAAAUUAAAACUAACAAACUAUCGGAAACCCCGUUUCUUAGCCCCACAAAUAGUUGACAACUUUUAGCAUUUAGGCAAUCAUAUAUCAUAGUUGAACUAAACUAAACUAAAGGAAAAUCCUCACAAAUCUACACUCUAAACCAAGAACUAAAAUCGCAUUUAAAACUUUCGGUUCUGUUGUCCUUUGUUUGAUUCCCAUCUCAAUCACCACCAGACACCAGUUGAGUUUGAGCAAAAUGAUACAUUUUCCCAUUGUAUGGGGUCAACUUGUUUUCCUAAAAUCUUCUAGUUCUAAGCGAAACUUAUAAAUAGAAAAUACGAUAUAUGAAACUAUAAAACUAUUAGCUAAGUGAAUACAUAUGUCCACUAAAAGGACAAUAAAGAUUUAAUUGAAAUUAUACAAUACGAUAACAAUUACAAACUAAAUAGUGAAGCAGACGAAAAAUUCCACAAGAGGCUCCGAACUCGAUUUCAUCAGAGAAUAACUAGAUAAAGCUAAAGCUACUAAACACAACCCACUUUUAAAUCUCGUUAAGUGAGCCAGAAACAGAAAACAGUGCGGAUAAACCGAAAUAAUAACUGAUUAAUAAAAACCGAAAGUAUUCUUAAAUUCUUUAAAUGCA